AUGGGUCAUCCCGACCCGCUGGCCGUCCACCACCGCACCUCACGCCUGGAAUCUCUCCCCGUCGAAAUCCUCCAAUUAAUCUUCCUCCAUAGUUUGGAGAUCAAUCUACCCCGGGCAUCGCCCCGUCUUGCCCGCGCACUGUCCAACCCUCUACUAUACACAUGGCUUAUCCGGCUAGUCUUUAGCAGCACGAAUCCUGGCUCGCGGGAGGGUUUCUUCACACCAGACUUCUUACCACCACCGUUGGAUUUCUGGGCGCUGGAAUGGGAGGAGAGGCAGCGGUUGCAGAGUUCUAUUUUGGCGUGUCGGUGGUGUACGUUACCACUUAUGAGGCGGUGUCAACGGGAAUAUGUGGAUCAUGCUAUUCGGCGCAAGUGUGCGGAUUUGGUCUUUUCGGAGGAGGAUCGGGUCUUGCUUGAUUCUUUGGAUGGGCGAUUCGAUGAUUUGGGGGAGUGUGAUAAAGCUGUUGAUGGACGACGGGGGAAGGGGGAUCUCGUUCUUCCUGCGCAAUUACCGGAUACAGAGCGAGACCGGUCUUCAGUAUCGCGCAGUUUCGACCGGAAAGUGGCUAUUUGGUUCCAUUUCGGUGCUGUGCAGAUCCGCGAGCCGAAUGAGGUCUAUUACGAGAAUGAUCUCUUUCGAUUACCCUGUUCGGUAGUCAUCGGACCAGGUCGAAUACCGGAUAAAGUACUUCAGGAACCGUGGUCAGAUGCGCAAUUCGAGUUUCUUCAGUUACUCUCGGGGGAUUUCUAUCUGGAUGAGGAUGAACAUUCUGCGGAGAGGUCUGUUGAGAUUACGACGCGGUUGAUUCGGAAGCGUAGGAUCGAGCCGUUUCGGAGGCUAUUAAGGAUGUCGUUUCGUGCGGCGAAUUGUCGGGUCCCGGCGUGUUGGCCGUUGAAGCCUGAUCAUUAUCAUUUGAUACGGAGGUAUGGAGGGGGAGGACCGGGUGAUCCUUUUGCCCAUUUUAUUUUGAGUGAACGGUGGGAUGUCAUUCCUGCAUCUGCGAAGGAGGAUCUGUUGCGGUUGAUUGAGCCGGGACAAACUGCGACUUGA